AUGGAUACUGUUGAUAAUAAUCAAAUGGCUGAUGAAGAAUUUUACAGACAGGUUUCUCAAUUACCUAUGGUCUAUGUUCCUGGAUCCAAUAAUCUACACACUUAUGCUGAAACCGGAGAGACUCUUCUAAAUCUUGUUCAGGGUAUACGUGCAAUUCCAGCUGAUAGGCAAGCAAUUAUCAUAUCCCAAAUAAUGAAUACAGUCGAAUCCGUGACUGGGGAAAAGUCUUUAAUAGCUGUAUCAGUAUCUCAGUCGCUUACCCGUGCCCAAGUAGUUGCUGGCAAAAUAAUUCCGAUCGCCAUUGUGGCUGUUCAGUUAUCAUGGGAAGCUUUAAAAAGUAUUCGCUUGUGGUGGAAUGGAGAAAUAUCUGGUAAAAGAUGUGCAAAACAAAUUAUUGACGGUAGUGCAGCUGUGCUUGGUGGUUAUGCGGGAGGAGUUGCGGGAGUCGCUAUUGGUACAGCUAUACUCCCUGGAUAUGGCACAUUGAUCGGUAGCGUCCUUGGAGGCGUUGCCGGUUCUUUGAGUGCUUCAGCAUUAGUGGACUGGCUGACGCAGUAUUUCUUUGAUUUACCGAAAACUGUUGCAGUAGAGAAUGCUUACAAAUUUUUGAGUUUAUCACUGUCCUGUUCGAACGAUGAAAUUAAUAAAAAAUAUAAACAAUUGGCAUUGCAAUAUCAUCCAGACAAAGGUGGCAAUGCUGAAAGUUUCCACAAACUGCAGAUAUCAGUAGCAAUAAUUAAACAAGCACGUGGACAAGGAGUUUAA